UUUUUCCCUCGAGAAAGUCGUUCAAGGCCGAGGGUAGGGAAGAGAAAACCAACAGCAAAAGCAGAUGGCGUUUACAAUGUUGUCCGGAGAUGUGAUCGCUCAAAUCAUCUCUCUCACCACUCCGCAAGAUGCUUGCACCAUGUCCUCCGUCUCCACCAACUGCAGAUCGAUUGCAGAUUCUGAUCAAGUGUGGUCCAAUUUCUUGCCUCCUGGCUGCGAGAACUUGAUCCCUCAGAUAUCACCCAAGAAGUCUCUCUAUCGCUAUCUCUGCGAUCAUCCGGUCCCGAUCGAUGGCCGGAACAUGAGUCUUUCAUUGGAUAAGAAGAGUGGAAAGAAAUGUUUUAUGUUGGGAGCAAGAGACCUGACAAUCGCAUGGGGAGAUGACCGGAGAUAUUGGAGAUGGAUGGCUACACCAGAAUCCAGGUUUGACGAAGUAGCUCGGCUCCAGUACGUGUGGUGGUUUCACAUCAUAGGAAGAAUUGAGACCUUUAUGCUCUCAUCCGGAACAAAUUAUGCAGCUUAUUUCGUAUUCCGGUUCGAUGGCCAAGGGGACGGGUUCAAUUGGCCGGUAAAGUCCCACGUCUGCAUCGACAGCGACGAGCUCGAUGAAGGGCGAUCCGUGACGCUGGAUCCUGGAGGAGGAGAGGCUAGGGCAAUCCGCGAGCGUGCAGACGGAUGGAUGGAGAUCGAGAUGGGGGAGUUCCACAAUGAAAAUGGGGAUGAUGGAACACUGGUGUGUAGUCUCAGGGAGGUUGUCAGACCCAAGAGCGGCCUCAUUGUUGAAGGGAUCGAACUUAGGCCUAAAGAAACACGCUAGAUCACCGGACAAACACGGGUCUUUUUGUUGCAUGGAUGUCGUAUUUAUUGAU